AAAGAGCUGUGCUGCAGAAUCUGAAAGUUGCAUACAUUGAAGUGAAUUCAAACCGGUUGAAGUCACUGCCCUUGCUGUCCAGAAUAAAAGAGAACAUCCCAAUCGAGUGAAGGGAUUUGUGGAAACUGUGGUUCCUAAUUAUUGUGAUCCAACAUUUCCUCAUAUUUCAGGUCGGUGAGAUUCUCUGCUGUGAAGAGGCUCCUGGCUGUGAACAAACAUAAAGCAAAGGAUACGCUGGAAUCUGUUUCUGCUGUGCAGCAAGCUCUGGUUCACUGUAACUCAAGGAUUUUGCUAAAGGACUUUCUGUAUGCUGAAAAUCACUUCCUGUCUCCUCCUUUCUGUUGCUGGAGAAGCAAAAAGAAAUAAUUGUCCAAUACUUUAGAAGAGACAAAAAGACAAGGACCAAAUACCUUCCAAACCGGAGAAAUAAAAAAGUUCAUCAGAUCAACUUACUGUGCAGUACAGACCUCAGAAGAUGCCGUCUCUUCAGUUUUUAAAUAUGUUUGGCAGACAGCUGACCCAAUUGAGUAUUGUGACCUCAGUUCCACUUGGCUUUUCGUUAGUGGGUUUGCAGGCAAUUAUGGAAGUAAAAUUUUCAUGCCCAUGCAAAGCUGGCUGGAACACAGCUAUAUCAGCUCUCGUCUUCUGCGCUCCAGCUCUCUUUGCUUUUGUUAUAAUGUUUGUAUUGUUAAGGCCUAUUCCAUUUAAAUAUAGCUGUUGUCAAAAACAAAACAACAUUGAAGACUCAAGGAAAUCUCAAGCACAGGACAACAAAGAAACAUCUCAAGCACAGGACAACAAAGAAACAUCUCAAGCACAGGACAACAAAAAAACAUCUCAAGCACAGGACAACAAAAAAACAUCUCAAGCACAGGACAACAAAGAAACAUCUCAAGCACAGGACAACAAAGAAACAUCUCAAGCACAGGACAACAAAGAAACAUCUCAAGCACAGGACAACAAAGAAACAUCUCAAGCACAGGACAACAAAGAAACAUCUCAAGCACAGGACAACAAAGAAACAUCUCAAGCACAGGACAACAAAGAAACAUCUCAAGCACAGGACAACAAAGAAACAUCUCAAGCACAGGACAACAAAGAAACAUCUCAAGCACAGGACAACAAAAAAACAUCUCAAGCACAGGACAACAAAGAAACAUCUCAAGGAAAAAACGAAGAAACACCUCAAGAACAUCUCAAGCAGUGUAUAAAAUGUCGUUAUACAACUUUUUUUGUUUGUUUGAUUCCUAGUCUUGUGUGGAUCUGUAUAUGUUUCAUUGAUGGUGAUUAUCUUGCAUGUGGAUUCACAACCUGUAAUGGACGCUAUGCCUGUGAUAAAGAACUGCAUCCAAAUUGUUUGAAUUGGUGCAAACCCACUGAAUUAAGCCCAGAAAAAAAUGAGACUGAAUGUUAUGAGAGAACACGGAAGUUAAUAUAUAUAUCAAAGAUUACAGGAUAUGUUCUGGUGCUUAUCUUCUGUAUCAUAGCAAUUAUUUUGGUGACUUUUGACUGGGACGGAAGUCUACCAAAGUGCAGCAAUACUGAAAGCAGCACCCCAGCAGAGCCAAAGCCAGACAAGAGCAACGAGGGAAGAUCAGACAACCUUCAGAUGAGAAGCAUUGGAAGCACACCUGAGGAAAGGAAGUCCCUUCUUUCCUGCCAACAAGGAGGAAGAGGAGAGGCCGAGAAAGAGGAAGAGGAGGAAGACAAGGAGCAGGAAGAGGUAAAGAAAGAAGGAGGAGGGCAAGAAAGAGGAGGAAGAAAAACAAAAAAAUGCUAAGAGCAAAGCAGAGUAUCAAUUUCUGAUCAGUUUUGAGCUACUAUGAUAGAACAUGUUUUCGUUCAUCAAAAGACAAUGACGAAGAAAUAUUACAUUUGUUUUUAGAUUAAAAAUGUACUUCUCCCUGAGAACUAUAUGUUUUGAACAAUGUGCUUGAUAGUGUAUAUCAUUUUGAUCACUUUGUUUAUGAUUUGAGAGCAGUGCACACAGGUAAAACUGUUUUGAGGCAAAAGUUUCAUUUUUUUAAGAGGAGUCAGAGGUUUUGUAAAUAGUGCUUGAAGAUAAUGUUAGUGUUUAAUGGUUUCAGAAAAUGGAGCAAGGUUUUAGAAAUUGUGUUUUAACAGUUGAAAAAAACUGUAAUGAAAUAUGAUAAUGUAAAAAUAAAUUGCCCAUAGAAAAAAAAAGAAAGUUGUUUCCUUCAAAAUAAAACUUGUGGCCAUGCAGAGAUGGGCACUUAAAUUAGUGAUUCAGUAGUUCACAUUCUAAUGAAAAUUAGCCCAAGCUUUACUCACACUCAAG